AUGAUGAGCGCGCUGGUCCUCGUCAUUGGGCUCGCCUUCCGAGCACUCGGUGCCACUGCUAUGCGGCCGCCAGUUGGGAUGGAGGAGGAUGCGGCAGAAAAGCCUGGCGCAGAAGAAGGCCUUCCUGGACGUGCUGAUCAAGCUCUUCCUGAAGGCUCGAUGUCCACCCCGCAUCGAACGCCUUCGAAGGAUCACCCCGCUUCCUUCAGUGGUACGAUAAAACAUGUCUUCAUGGGCUCACCCAGCUCGAGGACGAGCUUCGCCGUUGGUUGUGCGUUGCUCGUGGGUGUUCUGAUCUUCGAAGUGUUCCAUAAGCGAACUGCCGAGUUUGACCUCUCGGCUCCAUUUUCCAUCCUAGACAAGGUGGAGGACGAGCAAGAUCGGGCCGUGGUGGGGCCUCUGCAGGGUGCGGUAACGCUUUUGUAUCUCUAUGCGGCCGAAAGUCAGACAAUCGCCAUGGUGUUCAUUGGCUUGAUUGGAGCGACCAUCAUUGUCAGCCAGUACCUGAGUACCCUGUUAGUUUCUUGGACGAGCGUGUUCUGGGAAGAUAUGGAGGAGUGGGGCAAGGGCUCCAAGGGUGACAGUAUACAAUUCCUGGAUGAGUUUCGGGUGCAGUUGCUGUACUUCUUGUUCCUCGCUUUGGUGCACCUCGUUGCGAGCGCAUAUCAGCAGUACGUCGUGACCAUGUUCAGCAUCCAUGUGCGCGCUAAGGUGACUCGCCGGUACGCGAGCCAGUGGAUGCAAGACUUCGUAUAUUACCGCCUCGAGCUAUAUCGGCUGAUAGAGGGUGGCGCAGAUGCAGACAAUCCAGACCAGCGUAUACAAGAGGAUGCAGAGGCCUUUAUAUCAGGAUCGAUCCGCCUACUCACUGGGUUCAUCUCCAAUCUGAUCCAGCUCGGCGUGUUUUCCGUCACGGUGUGGAACUUGAGCCCCGAGCACGCGUUCGGCGUGAAAGGCCUGCUCUUUUGUUCCUCGAACUUGCCUGGGUGGCUUCUCGUGUGCGAGCUCGGCUACGCGGUUCUCUCGACCGCGGUUGUGCGCGGGGUGUCCAUCAAGCUCGAGGCGCUUCAGGCAGCGAGCCAGCGUGCAGAGGCCGAUUUCCGCUGGGAGCUGACCACCGUCAGAAGGAGCUCGGAGGGAAUCGCGCUGAGCAGGGGCGAAGCGAUGCACCAGGAGAGGAUCAACUCUCGUUUCGACGUGAUUCGGCGAUGCGUCUGGGAGAGCAUGAUCGUGGAGAAGCGCUACAGCAUAGUGUACGCGCUCUUCUUCCAGGUGGACGUCGUCGUCACCCUCUUUCUCCUCGGACCAGCCUACCUCCGCGGGGAGGCCACACUCGGUACGGUGAUGGCCGUGAACCGCGCGACGGGGCUGCUGUCGAGCGCGCUCUUCUGGUUCGCCAGCUCCUACAGCAGCAUCGCUGCCUGGCGCGCCAGCACUGGCCGCCUCAUCCGCUUUGAGGAGGCGAUGUCGCGCCACCUCAAGGUGCAGGCGGGCGCCAAGGUGGGCUUGCCCAAGACCGCCUCCAACGCUCUGGAGAUCGACCGCCUCCGGGUGUGGGCGCCGGCGGCGGCCGCGGCGCCGGGCAGCAGGGAGGCCGGGCAGCUCCCGGAAGUCGCGGGCGCAGUCCUGCUGGAGGGCCUGAGCCUCUCCAUCCCAGCGGGCUCUAGGCUGCUGAUCAGUGGGCCCAGCUCGAGGGAAGAAACGCGAUGA